GUUCAUAUCAAUUUUUCCUUACUCGUUUUACACCAGCAAAGAAACCAAAAUUUUACGCAGUGAUAAUUUUUACAAAAACCGACAUAUUUUAGUGUGAGUUUUUCCAAGGAUUUUCCUGUCGUUUAUCAGAUCUGGGUUCUGUUUCUCCAUUAGUGCAAAAAUGCUGCACAAGGACUCCCUGGACCAGGGAGUCCUUGUGCAGCAUGUUUGCACUAAUGGAGAAGCAGAACCCACUCCCGCUGGCAAUCCGGUUCAUACGAUCGACCCGGGCAUGCAGCAGAGAUUCAAUCUCGGAUCGCAGGGUGGCAAUGUGGCCGAUGGAACAAGCACCACCGCCAGGCAGGAAGCUUCGGACUCGUCGCCCACGGAGUCCUCCGCCACCGAGAACUCUAGUCCCCGCUCGCAGAUCGGGAAUGCUGAUUCGGGUCGCCAGGGAAGCGAGGAGAGCAGCUACGCACAAGUAAUGCAACAAAUAAUGCCGCAAGUAAUGCAACAACUAAUGCCACAAGGAAUCCCUCAAGGAAUGCCUCAGGGAAUGCCCCAGGGAAUGCCCCAGGGAAUGCAUCAAGGAAUGCCCCAGGGUAUCCCCCAACCCAAUAUGCAGCAGGGAACACCAAUGAACAUCCCGCCGCCCAACCGCAUGAGUCCUUGCCACAAUCCCAACGCGAUACCUAACUUCCAUCCGAAUGGCCAAAACCCUGAGAUCAACAGGAUGCCGCCAAUGGACGGCGCAGCUGGACGAGUCAAUGCCGCCAAUGGCGAGAUGAACCAACAAAUGAGGGCUGCUCCCGCCCCCGUACCCGUUCCAGUUCCUGCUCCCGUCACCGCCCCCAGCCCCGAUCCUCGACAGAAUUUUGCAGCCAAUAUGGUUAACAAGCCACGGCCGACCACUUCAAGUAACCCCGGGUCGAGGGUGUCAUCGCCAGCCGCUCCGAGACCCAAUCAUCCACCCGGAACCCCAGCUCCGGAAGAGACUCCCAACCAGCCGAAGAUCACCCAGCCAUCCUACGCAUCCCUGCUGCAGUAAAAGCAUCUUACGUGAUUUCUAUACAACUACCUCCAUCGUCUUCCGGCCACCAUUUAAAUUAUAUGUAACCUACGUUCCUUUUUUUUCUGGUCAAAUAAAUUAAACACACCAU